AUGCUCUUCACCUGGGACACCAGCAACCUCUGCAUCGUCUUCCGUCAAUGGCGCAUCGACUCGACCUUCUCCCUCGUCCUGUCACUCGUGCUCGUCGUCGCUCUGACCGCCGGCUACGAGGCCCUCCGCGCCGCCUCCCGCCGCUACGAGACGGCUGUCAACAAGCGUGUCACAAACCUCCCCAGAUCGCAGCAGGUUGAGGCGAGCAAGACCGCGCACGUCGUCAAGGCUGUGCUCUACGCGCUGCAGAACUUUUACGCCUUUAUGAUCAUGUUGAUCUUCAUGACGUACAACGGCUGGGUCAUGGUUGCUGUGGCGCUCGGGGCGUUCGUGGGCUACCUUCUCUUCGGCAACUCGACGUCCUCCACCAAGGACAACGCCUGCCAUUAA